AGUUCAGAAACGUUCCAUUUGCCACUCAGUUGCUUUCCAACCGACGGCACCGCCGAAAUUCAAGAAGAAAGUAAUCGGAUGGAUGUGGAUGCUCGAGACCCUCCAUUGAUUAACGGUGCUGCGGCGUUGGAACCACAGGCUCUAGAAAAAGUGCCCAUCUUAAGCUGAUAUGGCGAACCAAGUCGGUUUUAAAUAGAUAUACAUAGAUAGCUGCAUCUGGGCCCAGAGACGAGGCCACCACAUUGUAUUUGGCUGCAGUGCCGCGAGGCGUUCCAUUUUUAUUUAAACGACUGGCCGGAUAACAAAGAAAGUGAGAUCAAGUCUGCGCGAUCGUGGAUCGUCGAAUGGAAAAGAAGCUUCGCAUGUGUGCGUGGUUAAUUCGAAAGAAACUUUUUUGCUUUUGGCCGCGGAACUGACAAAUGUCAAAUACCAAUAGACCGUCGUGGAACGAAGACGAGCUUUAAAAAUGACUCAGAGUCCGCUUAAGUUGGCCCCCAUUUUGGAGGCCCUAGUUCUGAUAGUGGUCCUAAUCAACCAAGUGCAGUGCGGUGAGAAUGAUAUGAGACAAGCGCGCAUAAGGCAGUUUCUGAGUGAGAACCAGCCCCUGGCCCAGCACCAUAUCAAGCACAAUCGGCCGCCGGGUCCCGGACAACUGCCCCGGAUAAGAUCGCGAUCGGAUAACCUGGCCAUGCUUUCUGGUGGCUCCAACAAGUUCUUGCGGUCGCCGCAACCUGCCACUGCGCAGCACAUCAUGCGUCGCGAGCAGUUCGGGAACUUUCCUGCGAACGACCAGCUCAGGAGGUACCAGUUCGACCAGAGUCAGCAGGGCAGAUUCGCCCACGUAAAGGACACUCCGGUGCUAGAUGUGGGCAAAAACCAGUUCCCACUCCAGUAUGUCUCCGAGCAGUACAUUCAGAACUUCAAGUCCUCGCCGCGCUUCAAUGGCAAUGUGAUCAUGAAGGACACCAAGCCAGUGUACGCACCCAUCCAACAGCAUGCGAUUCCCGUCCAGGCCUCCCAGUACCUGCACUAUCCCAAGCUCUUCGGACAGCAGGGAUCUCCCAGUUUCAGUGUUGUCCCUACCCAGCAAACUGCUCUCCAAAACAGCCAGUUUCCCCAGGAUCCAAAUAGCUACUCUGUCUACGAGGAUACCGAUAUACCUGCGAAGCAGGCGGUAAACUUUCGCCAGGCAGUGCCACCACCAAAGGAGUCCAGGGAGGCGCAGGACUACCUGCAAUUCAUGAGCACCAACGAGUACUUCCUGCCCAAGAGGGAUCCUGACUUCAAGAAACUGGACGCCGAGCGGGACCAGCAGAAGCUGCUCCACCAAUAUCCACAGCAAUACAGACAGCAGCAGCAGCAGCAACUGUAUCAGCAACAACAGCAGCAGCAUCAGCAACCGCAGCACCAGCAGCCGCAGCAGCAACAAGCGCUGCAGCAACAUGUUCCCUACAAAACUGCUGGCCUAGACAACUCAGUCUCCUCCAGUUACAAUGAGCCCAUACAAGUGUCCGACUUGUUCUACCAGCAAGAUCCCGCUCCUGCGAAUUCCGCAGUGGUUCGCGGCAGUUACCAGGCAGGUCAGGAUGUCUUCGUUGUCAAGUCCGACGGCAACAAAGCCGUUAAGCAUGUGGUCUCUACUCCCAUGGCGGUCCAGACCACCACUCAAUCGCCGUCGAAGAGCCAGCACCUCGCCAAGACCCACAAGAGCUUUACCCCGGAGCCUCUGCGAUUCGAGUUCACCGAGCAAGAUGCCAUAAGGGGAUCGAUGAAGUACACCCAAGCCCCGCAAGCCAAUCAGUACUACUACGAAACCGUGGCCCAAGCUCCCCGCGAGCCCGCGAAAUCUCCUGCCCCGAAGAUUGAACUCAGCAAGCCCAUUAAGGAAUACACCGAUGACCCAGAGGAUAGUUCCGACACUGAAAGUGGAAAGCAGCAAGAUAUUCCAAAGGUGCCCACUGUGACGAGUUCAGCUACUCCUGACGAUCCAAAGGACACGGAAAACUACUGCGAGAAGAUAUGUGCUAAUGUGUACGAUGAAAACGAUGAAAUAAUCUGUGGAUCCGACGGAUACAUGUACACGGGCGAAACCCAACUGCAGUGCUAUUCGUCAUGCCUCAAUAUAAGUGUGACGAUUAAGAGUAAAGGAUCUUGCUCUUAAACUAAAAUAAAAUAAAAAACUGUUUUAAUUUAAUUUAUUCUAGCGAUUACAAAAUAUGCAAAUUUAGUGGAAAUGGUAAAAUGUAGGGUUUUGUAAAAAGUGAUUUUGAUUUGUUGUUCACGUAUAAAAAUAUCGUGCACUUAUAGCUUUCCUAUUCAUUAAAGUGAUAACUUAUAAACUAUUAGUGCAUGUAUAUUUAAGUUCUACAAUAUAUUUGUAUGUAUCUCAAAAAUCAUUCAGAGAAGUUAGUUAUAAUAAAUAAAUUAACGAAUUGCAAG